AAAAACUGAUUUAAUGUUCGUUCACAUUGGGUUCAAAACAGAGGAAGAAUCUGUGUGGGGUGAGUCAUCUUGCUGAUAGACGAUCUUUUGCGCUAGCUAAAGGGCUACUGUCGUUGAGCGAAGCGGACUCCAGGCAGUCCCGUUCCUCCGUCGGUAUGAUGCUAGGUGACAGCAGCAUGACCUCCAUCGUCCAGAGAAUAGCUCGGCAGGCUCUCGUCACCUUCAGGAAUCCGCCCCGGGUCGGUGAGGAGGUCGGCAAAUCUUUCUUGGAGAACCACAGCAAACUGAAGAGCCUGAUGACGGAAGUGCGAGCGACGGACCUGAAGCUUGUCCCGCGGAAAGCCGACGACAGCUCGUCUGGCGUGCCCCCGCACCAGCACGGCGCGCCCCCGGUCACCUACAUGCACAUCUGCGAGACGGACCAGUUCAGCAUGGGGGUGUUUCUGCUCAAAAGUGGUGCCUCCAUCCCACUGCACGACCACCCGGGGAUGCACGGCAUCGGGCUGGGGCGGCCGACAGGCGGCACCCAGGCGUCGCCUCCGCUCCCACCGGGCCAGGUGGGCGCUCUGCGGCGCUCCAUGCGCCGCUCCACCGGGGAGUACACGGAGGAGAGCGGUCCGUGCGUUCUCUCCCCUGACCAGGACAACCUCCACCAGAUCGACGCCGUGGACGGCCCGACGGCGUUCAUGGACAUCCUGGCUCCACCUUACGACCCGGACGACGGCAGAGACUGCCACUAUUACCGGGUUUUGACAGAAGCGGAGGCUAAAAGCACAGAGCAGAAGGAGAAGGAGGUCUGGCUCACGGAGAUCUCACAGCCCUCGGAUUUCUGGUGCGGAGGGGAGCCCUACCCGGGCCCGGAGGUGCGCCUCUGAUCCAUCUCACUGACCUGCAGCCGCAAAAUGUCUUCUGUUCUCGUGCUGGGCAGGCUUACGCGCCCUGCAGUGGCACAAGGCCGGGCUCGUGGACUUGGACAAACUGGGCUGAAUGAAGGGUCACUAAGUCUUUAACCCAUUUGUGAGGAGCCUGUGAGGCCAUUAUGAGUUUAAGGGUUAACGUUGGGUUUUAUUUGUGACCAAGAAUGUAACUGUUCCUUAAGAGAAAUGAUACAAGAGAUGAAAGGCAGAUCAUUUUACCCUCUUUCCCCGUUUCACUGCCCCUAUGUGCUUACUGCUUCUCUUUACUGUAGGGACACUGGGUGACAGAUUUCAGAUAUUCGUGAUGCAUUUUUAAUUCUCUGAUGUUACCAAUGUCCAUUUUGGCAGUGUCGUCUUCCCCCUGAAGUUGCAGCAGUCUCUCAGAUGUCCUGUAGACCCUGUGGGAGAGACCCUUGAGUCUCUGAGUUUAGGGGCAGCUGCAGUUCAAGGUAUUAUAGCCAGUGUAACCAGAGAAAGAGCACAGUCUGACAGGAUUUGUCCCAGAAGAGUGUGGGGUCAGCUGGGGCAGAUUAUACGUCUUCAUGUGAUGCCCAUUUGGUACAGAAAAUAAAUAACAGCCAGAGUCAGAGCUCUGAUUCCUGCCGAGGUCACAUGAUGAAAGCCUUUGUCUCCUAAAAUGCACUAUUCAGAAACUCUGAAAACUUCAGUUGCACUUCUAAUUUAAUUCAGUGUGGAGGAGGUCGUCCUUCACCUCAAAGGGUUAAAAACUGAAAAGCACCAAAACGGGAGUUGAAACCAGCCUGAACAAUGGACUAAAAUAAGACCCCGGAAGGUAUUUUUGCAGGAGAGAUGCCAAGAAAUGACAAAGUGAUGGUGUGCAGGGUGCUGAUGAUGUGUUCGUGAAAAGUCUGGAAGUCUGAAUGUUCUGCUCGCAGCACGGUUUGUGUAACUGCUUGAUCAGUUUGUUUCAAAUGAAAAUCUGAGGGAGGUUUCCAAAUACUUUAAACACUACACUCCAGCUUUCAGUGACCCUCAGUCUAAAGGCACUUGCUGGUGGUAAAGCUCACUAUAAAUAUCUCCAGUUACACUAACAGCUGUCGUCUUUAUUCCACGUGUUAGCUGUUGCGUGAGGGAUGCUAUAUUUUCCCACGCUACAGCCCUGAAACAGUGUUUGGAGUUAUCUACUCACAGGGAAUCCCAGGCUUCUGACUGCACCUUGAAUGCAGCAUUAAAAGCCCCCGGGGUUGACCUGAGCCGAGGCCCAUGAGGGACCCAGUUGUAACCAUCUUUCUGCUUCAGCCUUUGUUCCAGUCGGUUAUGGAGCAGUGUGGCUUUUCAGGUCUCCGCUAAAGACUCACAAGUAUAAAACAAGUGUAGUUUUCUCCUCAUGUUGUGAUCAGGACUUUACAGCCCGUACGCUGCCCAGGACUUUGUUUGUGAUGACCCCUUUUCCAGGAGGUUGGUUGAAAGAGGUGCAGUGAAUGUGGCUGCUUGGCUCUGAUUAUUUGGCCAAUGUAAAAAAUGCCUGUGAUGACACAGUAAGGAUGUUAAAUGUUUUCGUCCCAGUUUGAGGUUGGAAUUAAUGAGAAAUACAAGGUGAUAUAAUAAAGUGUAAACAGUGAAACGUGAUUAGCAGCUCAGACUGGAGCCGUCAGGAAAUGAACAGGGUCCAUGUGGGAGGGUUCAUUCAAACACUGACAAAGGAAAGAGAAACACUUCUGGUCACAAAGUCUGGGACAAUGGGACCCAAUGAAACGGUGCAUUUGAAAUCACUGAUAUUUAGAAAUGAGAAAAACUGACGUGUCCAACUUUGCUAAACAAGUUCAUUUGAGUGAAUAAACAGACUUUGAGUGGUGAACCUCUGUGGGAGCCGUCCAGGGCUGGACCCACAAUCAGCUUCUCCUAUUGGAGUCGGUGCUAAAUGGACAGAAUCUGUGUCUUCACUUAAAACAUGCCCUUUAUUUUGCCUGAACUGCUUCAAAAUGUGCUGCGCUGUUAUUUUAUAGUAGAAAGACUGUUCCAGAAAGCAGCUUGAUUCUCAGAUCAGGUUCACGCCUGAACAUUUGUGUACUUUGAAUAAAACGUUGAGGUCAGCAGCGUGAUGAAGACAGCUGUGUGUUGGUCUCACGUUGGACAGUGCAUUAGACCGAGUCUCUUUCACAGAGCAGGUCGGUGUCCAGAGGUGAUUCAGCUUUUUGAUGAACUUAGUUUGUUAGUGUUGUAAUGGAGGAAGCCGUUUGUAACUGCUUUAUGUUUGGAUCAUAUCAGCAGAAAUCCCCUUGUUCAUGAUGUCUUCUCUUAAUACAAACAUAAAACUACGUCUGUUUCACAAUAAAAGCCCCCAUUAGUUCUUGGAGGGCUUUUUAAUGUGAAACAUCUACAGGAAGUGUUGGGUAAACAUUAAAGUGUGAAUGAAUUCAUGAAUGACUCAGAAGAUGAACUUUGUUAUUUGGAGAAGCUCAGAGCAGCAGAAUGGGGAGUUUGGCCUUUUGUGGACAAACCUGGUGACGCAGCGAGGCGUCUCAGGCUGAUGAAGCAAAUAUGGAAGUUAGCAUUAGCAUGGAAACCAGCUGAGUUCCUCCUGCAGGCAGCGGCUGAACGUCUUCCUCAUGCUGUUAACUACAUCAGCUGGUAGUUUUAUGUUAGGAGUGUUUCCUGGUGGAGUCACUGUGUUGGCAUUGGGACCCUGGAAAGGCGUGAGAACUGGAGAAGUAAAAAUUCAACUCAAAGAGAAAAGGUGUCCACAUUCUACAACAUGGAAAUUUAAACCUGUUUCCACAACAACCAGAUACCGAUGGAGGUCAUGUGAUACAG